AUGUUCUCGCCAGUGCCAGGCCCAAAUGCGUGCGAGAUAUUUCUUCUUCUCUUUGCUUUCUUCAUCGAAGAUCCGGACAGCUUGGUUAUCAUCCGGGGCAAUCAUGAGGACGAAGAGAUGAACAAGCUUCCCAGUGAAGAAGGUGGUGGUUUCCAUGAUGAGGUCUUGCAGAAAUAUACCGGCGGUGUCUUCAUGAAGUUCGAAGCUAUUUACAAGAUGCUGCCUCUUGCUGCAGUCGUGCAACAGGAACUCUUCGUCGUGCAUGGGGGGUUGGCGCGCAAUGCGAAGUCCAACCUGACUCUUCCUUUUGUUCGCGACAUCGAUGCUGGAGUCGUCAGUUGCCCACAUGGAGGCUGUUAUCCACUGUGCCUGGAGGAACAGGUCUUUCAGGAUCUCCUAUGGUCCGAUCCGCAGGAGAAACUGGGAUGGGAGGCCAACCCACGAGGUGCCGGCAUCAAGUGGGGUCCUGAUCUCACUGCGGCGUUUCUGAAGCGAACAGGCUUGAAAUGGAUCAUUCGGUCACAUCAGCUUCCCGAGGAAAAGCGUGGCUUCAGCACCCACCAUCUCGGUCUUGUCUACACCCUCUUCAGCGCCAGCAACUACUGUGGCACUUCAGGAAACAAGGGUGCAGUCUGCUUGCUGGAGCUCCGGCCCAGCAGCAACGUCAGCAGUGAGGACGGCUGUUGCCUGGCUGCUCGGUUCGAGGAGCAUUACGCUCCAGCACUGGAACAGGGCAAGUUGAAAGAGAUUUCGCAGCUUCCUGACAUCGGGGCGCGCAGAGCGGCCUUGGAGGAAGCAGGGGCCGCCCGUGCCUCGGAGGACAUUCAGAAGGUUGGACAGCGGCAGGAGCGUGCAAUUCUUCAUCGAAUGGCCGGGAAAGUUGUCGAGCUGCGACCAGAACUUUGGGAGGACUUCCGCAAGUGUGAUGACAAGCGCACGGGCAGCGUCACGUUUUCGUCGUGGUGUGACAUUCUGACAUCCGUUUGUGGCGAGAAUUUUCCCUGGUCCAUGGGUGGCGAGCUGUGGGGCAUCACAGAAGCGGACUCUGAGGAGGGGAACGCGGAGCAGACAGAUCUUCCCAAAGGAAAACGACGCGUCGAUUAUCGAAGAUUUCUACACCGCUUCGAUGUAGGCGUCAACAAAGAGAAAUGGGUGGGUUGGAAAACCAUUCUCAUGAAGGAUGCGUACGAGGCUUUGUACUGUCCGCUGCCGAGCUUCGGAGCACGGAUCUGGGUUCUGUUGGAUGCAGUGAGUUCAUGGCCUCACUGGGCCAUCCCGAGGAAGGUACUUCAGAGCGACGUAGAAGUUGAGGAUAGCCCUGGCCAGCGGACAUCUCACGUGCUCAGCACGUCUCAGCUGCAGUCCUUGGCCCAUGGGCUGUUCCCAGCUGAGGAGGAAGAUGACGAUGCCCCGCCGGAGCUGGGCGUGCAUGAGUUCUUCGAAAGAUUUACAGUCAUUUACCGACAGGCAAAGGCCAUGACAGGCGAUGACGCCCUUGCCGAGUGGAGGGAUGCGCUGAACCACAUCGGCCAUUUGCUUCUCAAAAGAGACAGGAUGUCCAACCAACCAGGCAUCACCAGAGUAAAAACUGGUGCCAGUGUGCACUCGCGCAAGACCGUUUUUCAGGCACAGCGUCUGGCCCACCAGUUCGAGAAAAGCGACGAGUCCGGGGAUGGACAUUUGACCAGGGGCGAGUUGGUGGAUUACCUUAAAGGACUGGAGGGAAUCGAUGACGUCAUGCACAAGGGCCACACCAUUAGUGAGACAGACUUGGAGGAGAUGGCACUGCAACUUGACCAGCUGAGUGGCCGUGAGACUGGCAAGGUGAACUUGUUCAGCUUCCUUGAGGCUUUCAUCGUGGAGAGGCCAUCUGGCCAGGACUUCGACGCGGCUGAGGAAUUCAUGUGCGAGCACAUCCUGAGUUUUUUGUACCGGCACAGACACGCAGUGUGUUGUGGAUGCCACGAGGCGGAUGUGGCGCUCACGGGCCGAAUAAGCUCUGGCGCAUUUGCAGAGGUCCUUCGAGGCAUUGACAUCUCCUUGGCGAAGCAGCGUAGAACCUUCAGCGAUGUUCAAAUCGACGGACUGGCGGAAUCGCUUGGUGAAGAAGAUGGAAGCUUUUCAUACUUCGAGCUGCUGCCUCAGCGUUGA